GCCCCUUGCAUCGGACGUCAGGCACAAGAGGCGUGGCUAACUUUCGUGUCUGACAUCUGAUGCAGGGGGCGGGGCUAGGGGGCCGUGGCGCGGGCUGAAAUUGGCGUGCCAUUGGCCUGUGGAAGCACCAGUUCUCUCUGGGGAUCUCAGGGACAGAAAGGGCUUCAAUACAGAGCUUGAGUGGGGCUGGGAGAUGUGAGCAGGAAGCCCUUCCAGGCCAGAUACACAUUUUUAUUUUGCCCAUUUGCCCCCUAAUAGUGGCUUCCAUCCACCCCUAACCCCAAAUGGAUAAACAGCACUCAGUCAGUUCACCUGGUUUCGGGAAAGCAACCUGCCUAGAGAGCAGGAGGCUGUUGGUUCGAAUCGCCACUGGUGUGUUUCCCAGACUAUGGGAUAUAGUCAGGCAGCAGCGCUAUAGGAAGAUUUUGAAAGGCAUCAUCUCACACUGUGCGGGAGGAGGCAAUGGUCAAGCCCUCCUGUAUUCUACCAAAGACAACCACAGGGCUCUGUGGGCGCCAGGAGUCAAUGCUCAACGCUGACUUCUCGAGACAAUCUUUCCUUUCCUUUCCUGUCUCUGGACAUACUUCUUGGACUGGUUUUCUUUCUCUGUGUGUGUGUCUGCGCGUGUUCGCAUCUGUGUGCUGCAGCGGAUCUAGCAAAAAGUUACAGGGAAAUUACACAGGGAAAUUGCAAGACAUGACAUGAAGGACAUGCAGUCUUCCAGGCAGCACAAUCCUCUUGCACCCUGCUUCAGACUCCAAGGAGCAGCUCAAGCUUAUUAUAGAAACUCCUGCUCUGGAUUCACAGCACGCUUCUGCUGCAGCGCAUGCAGCGGUUGCAAGUUCUUCCUCCAGCUCUUCUGAACCCGUUAACUCUUCUCUCCGUCCCUUCACUGCCUCUUCCUCCUCCACGGCUGAAGUGUGACUCCAAGUCUGGAACUGCAAAGUCCACCCCCACCCCCGUUUGUUAGGAAACCUUUCCAGGGUGGUAGACAUCCUCCUUGCCUACGAUUCUAUAGAACAAAGAUGAGUCCCAAGCGCGGCAUAUCUGUAGAUGUUUUGCCUCUAGGCUGCUGAAGGAGUCUAGUGAAUUCUGCUUGCUGCUGAGCAUGCGCACAGCAGGCAUUUCUGCUUUGCAAGCUGCAAGGGAUAGCAAAGGGACGCAGACGGAAGCUUCGGUUCAGUCCCCCAAAUCGAUAAAGCAGCACUGCUUGGACCCCCAAAGCUUGGAGAUCCGUGAGCUGGCAUUUGGCUGCCAAGAAUCUUCAUCCCUCAACAUGGAGAUGUUUUUCGGAGCUGCCUUGGAGCAGGGAUUAAAGAUAGAAAAGGAAGACUCACCUGGCCAGGAAGCAGGAAAAGGCCCUGAGACCAGCCAGGCUGGGAACAGCAGGGAAUUCUGGGAAAGAGCUGAGCAGAAGAUGCUGGGAGUGGAAGAGGACGCCACCAGCUCAGAUGUGCAGUGCCAAAGGUUCAGGCAGCUCUGCUACCGGGAGACCGAGGGGCCCCGAGAGGUUUGCAGCCAACUCCACAGGCUUUGCUGCCGGUGGCUGAAGCCGGAAAGGCACACCAAGAAGCAGAUCGUAGACCUGGUGGUGCUGGAGCAGUUCCUGACCAUCCUGCCCGCGGAGAUGGAGAGCUGGGUCAGAGAAUGCAGAGCGGAGACCACUUCCCAGGCGGUGGCUCUGGCCGAAGGUUUCCUCCUGAGCCGGGAAGAGGAGCAGAAGCCGGAAGAGCAGCAGAUGCAAGGACUGCUGUCAGAUACGGCCCCUCAUUUUCCUGAGGCAGAGGAGGCUCCAUCGGACACUAGGCAGAGGUUGCCAUCCAGCAGGAUCUCACAGGAGGGUGAUGGAGAUGCUGGAAUGAAACUGCCCAGCCGUCCUCAUCCAUCUCUUCUUUCUGGGGGAGCAGAAGAAGCUUCACGAAGAUGGGAUCAGGAUCAGGCUCUCACAGCCAGGAGUGCUGCACACAGAGACUGGGUUAGGAAAAAGGCUAGUGUGGAGGUAAAAGUACAGCUGGCGCGAGCAUCAAGGCCGGGCAAAAUGGAGGUUCCUGUGCCAAGACGUAGGAAAAAGAUGGCAGAUCCAAGGAAGAAACACCUGGUGACCUUUGAGGAAGUGGCUGUGCAUUUCACGGAGGAGGAGUGGGCGCUGCUGGAUCCGGCCCAAAGAGCCCUGCACAGAGAAGUCAUGGAGGAGAAUGCUGGAAAUCUGUCCUCUCUGGAAGCUGAGAGUGGGAAGAAUGAAGGAAAACCUAGUGGAGGAAUUUUGGGAGGCAAAAGAGGGGGAAAGAAGGAACAUCAGAAACUAAAAACAGGAGUGAAAUGGAAGAACAAGAAGGGAUCAUCCUCUUCUCAUCAGGCAACCCAAAAAAUACUGCAGAAAGAACAAGAGAGAAGUCUGUGCCCUCCAAGCAGGAAAAGCUCCAGUUCAGAACCAAGCUCUAAACCUCAAGGGGGAAAUCACAGAGGGGAGGAACCACAUAAAUGUUUGGAGUGUGGAAAGAGCUUCAGCACAAAGGGAAACCUUACUAGACAUCAAACAAUCCACACCGGAGAGAAACCUUAUGAAUGUGGGGUGUGUGGAAAGCGCUUCAGACGGAAAGGAGCACUUACUAUACACCAGAGAAUCCACACUGGGGAUAAACCAUAUAAAUGCUUGGAGUGUGGAAGAUGUUUUAGCAGGAGUGAGGAUCUUACUAUACACCAUAGAACUCACACUGGGGAGAAACCACAUAAGUGCUUGGAGUGUGGAAAGAGCUUCAUCCAGAAUAAAGAUCUUACUAUACACCAUAGAACUCACACUGGGGAGAAACCAUAUAAGUGCUUGGAGUGUGGAAAGAGCUUUAGCCAGAAUAAUGAUCUUACUAAACAUCAUAGAACUCACACUGGGGAGAAACCAUAUAAAUGCUUGGAGUGUGGGAAAAGCUUCAGCAUGAAUAGAGCUCUUACUUUACACCAUCGGACCCACAGUGGGCAGAAACCAUAUAAAUGCAUUGAGUGUGGAAAGAGCUUUGGGCUGAGUGGAGCUCUUACUAGACAUCAUAGAACCCACACUGGAGAGAAACCAUAUACAUGUUGGGAGUGUGGAAAGAGCUUCAGCACGAGUGGAAACCUUGUUAAGCACCAUAGAACCCAUACAGUGGAAAAACCAUAUACAUGUUUGGUGUGUGGCAAGAGCUUCAACCAAAUUGGGCAACUUAAUAUACACCACAGUACUCACACUGGGGAGAAACCACAUAAAUGCUUGGAGUGUGGAAAGAGCUUCAGACAUCGUAGAGAUCUGAAUAUACAUCAUAGAACUCACACUGGGGAGAAACCAUAUGAAUGCCUGGAGUGUGGAAAGGGCUUCAGCCAGAGGGGAACUUUUACUUUACACCUCAAGACGCACACUGGGGAGAAACCAUAUCAGUGCUUGGAGUGUGGAAAGAGUUUCAGCCGGAGUGCAUACCUUACUAUACACCAUCGAACCCACACUGGGGAGAAACCACAUAAGUGCUUGUUGUGUGGCAAGAGUUUCAGCCGGAGUGGACACCUUACUAUACACAAUCGGACGCAUACUGGGGAGAAACCACAAAAAUGCUUAGAGUGUGGAAAGAGUUUCAGAACCAGGGGAGAACUACUUGUACACCAGAGAACCCACACUGGGGAGAAACCACAUAAAUGCCUGAAGUGUGGGAAAAGCUUCAGAACGAGUGGAAACCUUACUUUACACUAUAGAACCCACACAGGGGAGAAACCACAUAAAUGCUUGGAGUGUGGGAAGAGCUUCAGCCGGAGUGGGGCGCUUACUAAGCACUAUAGAACCCACACUGGGGAGAAACCAUAUAAUUGCUUGGUGUGUGGAAAGAGCUUCAUCCGGAGUGAAACACUUACUAUACACCAGAGAAACCACAAUGGGGAGUAUCCAUAUAAAUGUUUGGAGUGCGGAAAAAGCUUCAACUCGAGAGGAGAACUUAAUAAACACCAUAGAAUCCACACUGGCGAGAAACCACAUAAAUGCUUCGAGUGUGGAAAGAGCUUCAGUGAGAGAGGAACUCUUACUAGACAUCAUAGGACCCACACUGGGGAAAAACCAUAUAAAUGCUUGGAGUGUGGAAGGAGCUUCAGCACGAGUGGAGACCUUAAGAAACAUCAUAGAACCCACACUGGGGAGAAACCACAUAAAUGCUUGGAAUGUGGAAAGAGCUUCAGAACAAGUGGAUAUCUUACUUUACACCAUAGAACCCACACUGGGGAGAAACCACAUAAAUGCUUGGAGUGCGGAAAGAGCUUCAGCCAGAGUGGAAAUCUUACUUCACACCUUAGAACCCACAUUGGGGAGAAACAACAUAAAUGCCUGGAGUGUGGAAAGAGCUUCAUCCAGAAAGGAAAUCUUGCUAUACACCUUAGAACCCACACUGGGGAGAAACCACAUAAAUGCUUUGAAUGUGGGAAAUGCUUCAGAACGAGUGGAGCUCUUAAUUUACACCAUAGAACCCACACUAGGGAGAAACCACAUAAAUGCUUGGAGUGCGGAAAGAACUUCCGCCAGAGGGGAGAUCUUACUUUACACUGUAGAACCCACACUGGAGAGAAACCACAUCAAUGCUUGGAGUGUGGAAAGAGCUUCUCCCAGAAGGGACACCUUAAUUUACACCAAAGAAUCCACUCUGGAGAAAAGCCACAUAAAUGCAUGGAAUGUGGAAAGAGCUUCAACAAUAGUGGAACUCUUACUGUACAUCAUAGAACCCACAGUGGGGAGAAACCACAUCAAUGCUUGGAGUGUGGAAAGAGCUUCACUCAGAAGGGACACCUUACUUUACAUCAAAGAAUCCACUCUGGAGAGAAACCGCAUAAAUGCAUGGAAUGCGGAAAGAGCUUCAACAAUAGUGGAGCUCUUACAAGACACCAUAGAACCCACACUGGGGCAAAACCAUAUAAAUGCUUGGAGUGUGGAAAGUGCUUCAGCCAGAAUGAAUAUCUUGCUAUACACCAGAGAACCCACACUGGGGAGAAACCAUAUAAAUGCUUUGAAUGUGGAAAGUGCUUUAGAACAAGUGGCUAUCUUACUAUACAUCAUAGAACCCACACUGGGGAGAAACCCUAUACAUGCUUGGAGUGUGGAAAGUGCUUCAUUGAUAGUGGAGCUCUUAAUGUACAUCGCAGAACUCACACUGGGGAGAAACCACAUCAGUGCUUGGAAUGUGGAAAGUGCUUUAGAACAAGUAACUGUCUUACUGUACAUCAUAGAACCCACACUGGGGAGAAACCCUAUACAUGCUUGGAGUGUGGAAAGUGCUUCUUCGAUAGUGGAGCUCUUAAUGUACAUCGUAGAACUCACACUGGGGAGAAACCACAUCAAUGUUUGGAGUGUGGAAAGGGUUUCAAUAGGAAGCAUCAGCUUGCUGAACAUGUAAAAAGUCACAGAGGAUAGAAAUUAUACACUUAAAAUUCCAGAUGAGCUGGAGUAUCUCCCUCAUUUUGUGAAAUUUAAAACCUUGUGAGAGUUCUACUUCUGAUUUUACUUGCUUUUACUCUUUUUCUAUUACAAUAGAACUUAAACCCCAUGUUCAUACAUGUGUUUUUGUGUCUCAUUUUCAAAAAAGUGUAUAUAAUUUGCUCUGUGAAAGAAUGAAUCCUUUCCUUGGGUGUUUUGUGUAUUACAGAAUUCUUUUAUUUAUAGUUGUGAUUUAUAGUAUUCUGUAUAUUUUUGUUGAUUCCCUCUAAGUCAAGGUUAAGAAACCCUGCUCUAAGUUGUACUGUAAAUCAGAACAGGGGGAUACAAGUUUGCAGCCCCUGACUGUCCGGUUGUUGUGAGACAAAAUCAACUGCUUUAGCAGGGAAAAUGGGAAAGUGAAAUGAUUGGGUGGAUUGAUUGUCUCCAGAGGGGAAAGGAGAUUGUUCUGUUGGGUCAUCUCCCAGCAGAAGUGAGAGGAGAUUGUGGGGUAGCUUUCUCCAGGCGAACGUAGAAAUCAUUUUGAUGAGUUGGUGGAAGAAAACUGGAGGGGAAGUUGGAAAUAGGAGGAGGAGGAGAGACCAGGCGGAGAGGAGCCUGAAACGUGAGUCAGUCAGAUGAAGCCUUGAGAGAGUGGGUGAGUCUCCACCACAUCUUGAGGCGGGUCUCAUGAUCAAGGAAACCUGCCUCCAUAGGGUUUGCGGGGAGAGCGGGCUAAGCCCGCUCUUCCUGCAGACGAGCAGGGAAGACCAUUACGGAGCAGGCAGGGGAAGACCAUUACGGAGCAGGACCAUAAUGGAAGGCCAUUACGGAGCAGGCAGGGGCUGGGAGGAUCGGGGGUCACACAACCACACAACCUCCCCCACCCUUUGAUACUCAAACCUCUCUGCCAACACUCUCUUCCCAUUAGGAAGUCAUUAAUCAUCCAUCAGGACAUCUCUCUGUGUGGCAUGCUUGAGACUGACAUGGGCCUAGCGAGUCCCCUAUUAGGAUUGGGUGCCGGACCCACAAUCCUCCUCCUCAAACUUUCCUCCACUUCCCCAUCACUAACAGGAGCCUUAUUACCCCACACAAUUGGAGAGGGGGAUCUACGCUGCAUUGGGUCUCGCCACCAACCUUUUCUCCUUUCCCUUUUCUCCAGCAGAGACUUUGCCAAGUGCGGUUGUGAAUGUGGGGUUGUUAGGACGGGCGACUUUUAAAAGUGGGGUUGUUAUGACGGGCCUUCUCCAUUGCUGCCCGGAGGCUUUGGAACACACUUCCUGCUGAAAUCAGAGCCUCCCCAUCUCCUACAACUUUUAAAAGGGCCGUCAAGGCGCAUUGGUUCACCCAGGCUUUUAAUUAGAUAUAGUCUUAAUUGUGUUUUAAGAGUUUUAGCUUUUUAAAAUGUUAAUUGUUGAAAUGUGUCAAUCUUUUUACUGGUUGUUUUUAUUGUUUUGUAAACCGCCCAGAGAACUUGUGUUUUGGGCGGUAUAAAAAUACGUUAAAUAGCGUGUCCCCAGUCUGUUUCUGAUUAUGUUGCAUUGCAUCCCUGGCACUGCUGGGCCCUGGGCCUUUGCCUUCCUUCCAGCUACCAUGGAGAAAGAGACGACACUGGUCAAGGACGUUGUUGUGAAUUGUGGAUUUGUUGUGAGACCUUGCAAUUUGCUAUUAUUUAUGUUGCUAGAAAGUUAGAUCAGCUGAAUGCAGUGUGUGUCUGGUGGGGGGGGGGGGGCUUUUUUAACUGCUUCUGUGUGUUGGAGCCAUAGCUUAGGAUUGAGUUAGGAGAAAUUCGGUAUAAUUUGUAUAUUUUUGAUUCUUUAUGUUAAUCUGGGGUCCUGGCACUCUCUGUGAUAUAUGGAAACAUGACCUAGAAUUAACUCUCCCUCCCCUGGAGUGUCACUGGAGUUUUGUUGGCCAGAUGGCCAGGAGGAAGAGUAUAGUGGGCAGCCAGGCAGCACUGCUAGAGAACUGGAAAAAGCAGUUGACCUUGAUUGACAUGCCACCUAAUGGCACAUUAAGGGAAAUGACUUGACUAGCAAGCCAGAGGCUGCCGGUUCGAAUCCCUGCUGGUCUGUUUCCCAGACUAUGAGAAACACCUAUAUCGGGCAGCAGCGAUCUAGGAAGAUGCUGAAAGGCAUCAUCUCACACUGUGAGGGAGGAGGCAGUGGUCAACCCCUUCUGUAUUCUACCAAAGACAACCCCGGGGCUCUGUGGUCGCCAGGAGACGACAGUGACUUGACGGCACACUUUACUUUACUUUGAUUGACAGGCUGGAGACCCUAGGUCAUGACCCAAUCGGUUGUGAGGUGGGGAGGGGCCAAGGGGGCUCCUGGAAGCUGCUGGGGAGAACAAAGGUGUGACCUAGGUGAGAGAAGGGAUGGCGUCUGGUCAAUUCCUUCCAGGGUUAGUGUGCAUCUCUUGGGACAAGAUUGCAGAGGGUGGGAGUAGCCAGGUUUGGUGAGUUCCAGGGGAAAAGAAGCCCAGGCUUGUGGCUUCGGAAGUUUAGAGCAGGAGAAAGUGUUUAGUAAGAAUUUGCAUUAGAAGUUAUGUUUCCUCUGUGUGUGUGUUGUGUUGCAUACCUAAAUCUUUGUUUUUCUGGUAACUGAGUUACUUAUGUGCUGCGCUUUGAAGUACUCUUGUAACCAACUAAGCAUUUAAAAGUGAAAUACUCUGUAACCAAAAAUCUGAAGCCCGAGACCAACUAAUUUUGUAGUAACUUAAUAAAUUGUCCCCCGCUCUUUA